AUGGCGAGUGCCAACUGCCUCGUGGACACGCAUUCGUUGACGGACGAAAACUCGACGGAGGCACGUGCGAAGGGCGAACCACAUCGACGUCCAGAGCUGGUCGAUGAAAAAGCGAAUCCGCCACAUUGUUGGGUUAUAUUUACAACCGAUCUGCCCAUGCUGCCGCUUGAAGCCAUUCUUCGGAAGAAGGCAUUCAUUAACGCCUGUCGUGGUACUGGUUCUUAA